AUGGCUCCGUCCACCGCUGAGCGAGCCCGCUCCACGCGCGCGAACCCGCAAACCCCUGCGCCCGUUGUUCCUCGCAUCAUCCCCGCCGUCCCGUUGUCGUUUGAGCGCAAGUCGAAGAAGCCGCAGCCCGAGAGUCGCGCUGCUGCGUCCGCCGACCAGCUCGCAUCAACCAUCGCUGCCGCUCCCAACCCCCAGCCUGAGCGCGUGCCCGACCGUGCUGCAGCCACCGACAACCCACCUCCACUUGCAAAUGGAAACCAGCCUCACGCCGAGACGGACAUCAUUAUGAACACAAGCGCUGUUGGGCCGUCUCCAGCUGACGCAGCGGGUACCACGUCCGACGCCGCCGCUGUGCAUGCUCCUCCAGCGGCUAAAAUUGGUGUGCUCUCCUCUUUCACGUUGAGUGCUAGUUUUUCGAGGUCGCUAAUAAAUUCCAAAGCCGAUAAAACUGCUGCCCCGGUACCUGAAUCCCACCACGAGCAGUCUCAAGAGCCUGGUCAGGCCGGCUCGCGUGAGCCGCAACACCAUCAACAAUCCGGACCCCAACCCCGCCAACAACGCCAACCCUUCGAGCUUCCUCCGCCCUUCUACCCGUCCACCGAUCGCUCUACCCCUACGUCGACUACCUCGUCCACCUUCACCCGCCCGCAACCUCCCGCCAACCCUCCGAUCAUGCACAAUCCGAGGCCCAGUGCCAACGGUAUCGUGUUCGGCGGAUAUCCCGAUUCUUCCAGUGUGUCCCCGGCACCUCCAGUCACAAACGGGAACUUCCCAUACCCUCCACCGCCUGGAGCCUACCCAGCUUCCACAAUGGUGGCGCCGCCCUACCCGUUCCCGGCUCAUGCCCACCAUUUCUCGGAACCCCACACGGCUAUGAUGCCUGCUGCCGUAGCGCCAAACGGAGUCGGCAACUUCGGCUGGAGGAGAGUGGACCAGCCUUUGCCGCUUCAUCUUCGACAGGGUCAUUCCACGCCAAACCCAAGUGUGACCAAUUCUGGCUUCUCUCCCAUCCACCCUAGCGCGGGUUACGGCCAGUCCUUCUCUCCGGUCCACAUUAACGGCUUUCAUCCUCUCUCUAGGUCAGACUCACAGGCUUCGUCACCGCGGAUCCCGGUAACGGACGAUACGCCGAGUGAGGUGCCUGUGGAGGACGCUAGCCGGAAGCGUUUCGUUCAUCCCAUUCAAAAUGGCGUGCAUUCUCGCAAAGCGCCAGCGCCGGCGCCGGCGCCAGUCUUCCCGCCGACCUACCCCCAAGGUGCGGCCGAGUUUGGCUUGCGGGCGUAUAUGCGCUCUCAGUUCAGCUCGCGUGUGUAUGCGGAUUCGGUCCUCAAGCUCUACCCCGGUGGCGGUCGCGAGGUGAUUCUCUGCUUGCCCGUGCACAGCGUCAUACUCGGCCGCAACCGCAAAUUUGCUGAUAUCAUAUCGAAGUCUCCGCCCUUCCAUUCGGAGUCUGGCUUGCGCGUUCUUAACGUGUUGGCUGAAGAUCGCUUCCUCGACGGGCCCAUAUUCGCGGAGGCAUUGAAGUAUUUGUACAGUGAGGACAUGCUCAGCCCUAUGGAUUUCCUUCAAGGCCUGGCGCCCUUCACUGGCAAUGUGACUGAAGCCCACGGAUAUGGGUCUCCGGCGCAACGGAUGAGCCAUGCCUUGGCUUAUGCGGCAGCGGGGUUCUGGCUUGAACUUCGUUGCAUUGUGAGUCGUGGACUUGAAAUUGCGAGGGAGCUUCUACGCUGGGAUACUGUCGAAACCGCACUGGGGUUUGCGCUUGACGGUGGCCUCGAUGCCAGCUGGCGUGUGGACGAUGCGGCAGAAGACUCAUCCAGUGACGACGCAUCUUCGAAGUUUGAUACGGAUUUCGCGCCCAGCUAUGGGUCGUACAGCACGCAGUUCCUGCAGACGAUCAAUGGGUUCCUGGUUCACAACUUUCCGGACGACUUCGAGCUCGACACGUCUGCAUCGCAUCUCCACGAGCUUCCGCGCAUGCCGUCAACGGAGGAUGGCAGGCCAGUCAGCCGCAACCCCCGGCUGAGCCAGAUUCGGUUCGGAGAGGUGCCGGUCGACUCGAGGGGCCCGUCGCAGCACACGACCAGUAUCCUGUCCAGCAUCCUCCUUUCGCUGCCCUUCCCGGUGCUCAAGGCAUUGCUGGAGGACUUUGCGCUCUGCAGCCGUCUCGGCAAGGGCAGGGUCGGUCGGCUGAUGCAGGUGGUGGUUGCAGAGCGCGAAGGGCGUCGCAGGAAGAUGGGCGGACAGGCCGACGAUGGCGCGAAAGCGAGCACGGUGUGGUGCGAGCGGGUGGAGCCAUGGCCACAGCACGGAUGCGGACAACGGCUCGCACGAUCGCGUCAAGACAUUGAUACCCCCGCGUCAUCGGACAACAGUCACGGGCAGAUGCACUAG